AUGUGGCCGUCUACAGCAGCAGCGCCUUCCAGCUGCCCAGCAGACUUCCCACAGCUGUGGCACUCGUUUGUCAACACCUUAGUGGACGUGCUGCAUGCGCAAGGCCCUGCCGCUCCUCGGCAGCCGCAGGCGCCGCAGCGACCGCCGCCGCAUGUGCUGCCCGCUGUUCCGCGCCUGGUGGCCAUUGGCGACCUGCACGGCGACCUGCGCAAGGCGCGGCGCGCCUUCCGCCUGGCAGGCCUCAUAGACGAGCAGGACCGGUGGGCGGGAGGCACGACCACCGUGGUGGGUGAUCUGCUGGACCGCGGCGACCAGGAGCUGCCGCUGCUCUUCUUCCUGGAGCGGCUGCAAGGCCAGGCCGCUGCGGCGGGCGGCGCGCUGCACGUGCUCAACGGCAACCACGAGACGAUGAAUGUGGCGGGGCAGUUUCGAUAUGUCACGCACCGCGGCAUGCACAGCUUUGCCGACUGGCUGCACGGCCACACCCUGGAGACAGCUCUCAAGGCCAAGUGCGGCUGCCAGGCAGCUGCCUCGGGCCUGCGCCAGCUGCUGCGCCAGCAGCAGGACCACCUGCACAACCGCGGCCCCGGCCACCACCAGUACCCGCCCAACCCCGCCGCCGCCGCGCGCAUCCUGGCACUGCAGCCGGGGGGCGAGGUGACGCGGCGAUUCCUGGCCCCCAACCCAGUGGUGCUGCAAGUGGGGUCCACCCUGUUUGUGCACGGAGGCGUGCUGCGCCAGCAUGUCGACUACGGGCUGGAACGCAUCAACCGAGAGACGCAGGAGUGGAUGCUGAAGGGCAGCGCGGGCGAGAAGCCGCGGUUCCUGUCUGGGCGCGGCGCGGUGGUGUGGUCCCGCCACUACAGCGCCGCCGCCGCCGACCGCUGCGACUGCGGGCAGCUGGCCGAGGUGCUGGGGAGGGUGCCGGGGGCGCAGCGCAUGGUGGUGGGGCACACCAUCCAGGAGGGCGGCAUCAACAGCGCCUGCCAAGGCAGGGUGCUGCGCAUCGAUGUGGGGCUGUCGCGCGGCUGCGGGAACGGCAGCCCAGAGGUGCUUGAGAUAGUGAAUGACAGCGUGGUGAGGCGGCUGAGUGAGAGUCAGCAGGAGAAUGUGGUUCCCGCUGAGCCGCCAUACCAGCAGCAGCCCAAGCCCGUCCCUGAACAGAAGCCGCAGGGGCAGGUGGCGGCGGCCACGAUAGCCAGCACACAAACGCCGGAGCUCGCCCGCCCUGCAGCAGCGCUUCAGAACAGGCAGCAGCCCGCCUAG